AUGGAUAGUGGAAAGAGAGAGCGAGGAAAUAGUUUCAAUUCACAGGAGUAAUCUAUAGGACUAGAAGAAUUGACAAUUAUGAAACUAAUGGAAGAGAUAAUGGAGUUUGAUCAGGAAAUCAAGAUGAAGUAGAGAUGGAUUAGUACCAGAAUGAAGCUUCUUCAUAAACUUCUGCCCAAAUAGGAGAAUAAGGACAUGAAAGCUAUCAUCUAGAAUUUUCUUCUCAAGCUUUAGCCAGAGUAUCCCAAGAAGAUCUACGUAAGCUAUGACAGAGGUGGUGAGCCUAUCCCUAUGCCCAUGGACUCUGGAGAACCCAUUCCACUAGAAAUGUUCAAAGGUGAUCCCAUAAUUCUUAUGUCAAAUGAGUAAUAUCAUUAGCAAUAAAAUCAGCAAGAUGGAGGUGAAGGUUAGAAUGAAGAAGAGAAAAAUUAAGAUGGAGAAGUUAAAGAGAGUCAACAACAAAACUGA